AGCGGAUGUGUCCCUAUUCGAAGAAUUUCUCAUAUCAGCACUGAGAAAAUAUAAAAAUAAAAAAAAUUGAAAGGAAAACAAAUCCGAUACGAUUGUCGACUGUCGACUAUGGACUGACAUAAAAGUUGGUCGUUUCGUUCGGGUUCGGCUGUGGCGGGUUAACCAACACUGGUGUUUCUUUGAAUUAAUCCGGCGACCGAUCGAGGCUACGAUUCGGACGGAAUUUGUAUCUCGAAUUAAUUGAAUUCGCUUGUGGUGGGAGUGUUUCUUAGUUUCCAUCAGAAGUGUGUCUCACCCACAACAUUUGAAACGGGUUGUGUACAAAAAGACAUCAUCAACAUCAUCAAGAAAAAUGACAAAUUAAAUACAUUUUUUUUAGAAAAUCAAACAAAAAUUUAGUUUUCAAAAAUAAAAAAAAUAAAUAUUUCAAAAAUAAAUAAAUUUUGUCGAAAAUACCAAAAAUGAAAAGGAUUAAGUGGUCAACGCGAAAUGUUGUGUCCAGUGCGCUUUUAGUGAUUUUGUUAAUACACAAUGCUCCUGCUCCUUCAAAUGCUGCUGCCCAUGAAGAAACGACUUUUAUGCCAGCUUUAGAAUGCUAUGAUCCAUAUAGACGACCUCAGAAAUGUAUGCCAGAAUUCGUAAACGCUGCAUAUCAGUUGCAGUUCGAAGCGACAAACACCUGCGGUGAAACAGACAACAAUCUUUUCUGCAUCCAAACAAUCUACUCGAAUAAGAAAAGUUGCGAGUUCUGCAGAGCAGGAGACCAUGACCCCUCGUACCUGACAGAUUUGCACGAUCCACAGAAUCCAACUUGGUGGCAGUCGGAGACCAUGCGACAGGGUAUUCAAUAUCCAAACCAUGUGAAUCUGACUCUGCAUCUAGGUAAAGCAUUCGAUAUCACUUAUGUCCGUUUGCUGUUCCGCUCACCAAGGCCAGAAUCUUUUGCCAUCUAUAAGAGAAGCUCCGAAGACGGACCCUGGGUGCCGUACCAGUACUACAGUGCAACAUGUCGUGACACUUAUGGUCUUCCAGAUUCACGGUCGAUUGCGACGGGAGAAAUUGAAGCACGUGCUUGGUGCACGAGUGACUACAGUGACAUCUCACCGCUGAGGGAUGGUGAAAUUGCUUUCUCCACUCUCGAGGGAAGACCCAGCGGUAUUUACUUUGAAAGGAGCUCCGAAAUUCAGCAAUGGGUAACUGCAACUGACUUGAGAAUCACUUUGGACCGUCUAAACACCUUUGGUGACGAAGUGUUCGGCGACGCACAAGUGUUGCAGUCAUACUUCUACGCCAUAUCGGAUAUUGCUGUCGGUGCACGUUGCAAGUGCAAUGGUCACGCCAGCAAGUGCGUCCCCAGCACCGGUUUGCACGGUGAACACAAGUUGGUCUGUGAAUGCCGCCACAACACCGACGGACCGGACUGUGACAAGUGUCUGCCAUUGUUCAAUGACGUUAAAUGGAAGAUGGCCACCUCACAAGAUGUCAACGAAUGCAAGGCUUGUAACUGUAACAAUUUCUCUGACAAAUGUUUCUUCGACGAACACCUGUACAAUACCACCGGACAUGGAGGACAUUGUUUGGAUUGUCGUGAAAACCGUGACGGAGCCAAUUGUGAACGUUGUAAGGAGAAUUUCUACAUGCGUGAAGAUGGUUAUUGUGUUCAUUGUCAAUGUAAUUCAGUUGGAUCCCGAUCCCUGCAGUGUAACAGCGAAGGCAAGUGUCAGUGUAAACCCGGAGUAACUGGAGAUAAAUGUGACCGUUGUGACAAUAACUAUUACCAAUUCGGUCCUCAUGGUUGUCAGCCUUGUGGUUGCGAUCCAAGGGGUUCGUACGAAAAAAUCCCAUCUUGUGAUGCCGAGAAUGGUGUUUGUCGCUGUAAGGAGAAUGUCGAAGGCAAACGUUGUAACGAAUGUAAACCUGGCUUCUUUAACCUGGACUUCAACAAUCGAUUUGGUUGUACGCCAUGUUUCUGUUAUGGCCAUACCUCAGAAUGUCAAAGUGCUCCUGGGUACUCCGUUGUUUCGGUGGCAUCGAAAUUUAACAAGCACAAGGAACACUGGACUGGGGUUGAUAUCUACAAUCGUAACGCUGACAUCAAGUACAACCAAUACAGCCAGAGUGUUGGUACGACAGCUCAGGGCAAUGAAUUCAUUUACUUCAUGGCCCCUGAGAGGUUCCUUGGGGAUCAGAGAGCUUCAUACAACCGUAAUAUUAGUUUUAAGCUGCAGUUGGUUGGACAAGUGGGUCCAAGUACCAGUGCAAGUGAUAUUGUCCUAGAAGGUGCAGGAACCAAGAUUUCUCUGCCCAUCUUCGCUCAAGGCAAUGGUAUGCCAGAUCAGACAGCCAAGUCAUACAAAUUCCUGCUAAACGAACACACUGACUACCAAUGGCAACCGAGUCAGUCAGCUCGAGGAUUUCUGUCAAUUUUGAGCAACCUCACAGCCAUUAAAAUCAGGGCCACCUAUUCCGUACAGGGUGAAGCUAUUCUAGAUGAUGUUGAGCUGCAAAGUGCUCAUCGUGGUGCUGCUGGUCAGCCAGCAACUUGGAUCGAACAGUGUACAUGUCCCGAGGGUUAUUUGGGACAGUUCUGUGAGUCUUGUGCCCCUGGCUAUCGACACAGUCCGGCAAAGGGAGGACCUUUCAUGCCAUGUAUUCCAUGUGAUUGUAACAAGCACGCCGAUAUUUGUGACUCUGAAACUGGUCGGUGUAUCUGUCAACACAAUACCGCUGGAGACACUUGUGAUCAGUGUGCUAAGGGUUACUACGGCAAUGCCCUUGAAGGAACUCAGUAUGACUGCAAACGUUGUCCUUGUCCCGAUGAUGGUGCUUGUAUUCAGAUCAACGGCGAUACUGUGAUUUGUAUUGAAUGUCCCGUUGGAUACUUUGGAGCUCGCUGUGAACAGUGUUCGGAUGGAUUCUACGGUGACCCAACUGGUCUUCUGGGAGAUGUCCAGGUCUGUAAGGCUUGUGACUGCAAUGGCAAUGUCGAUCCAAAUGCCGUAGGAAACUGCGACCGUACUACUGGCGAGUGUUUAAAAUGUACCCACAACACUGCUGGAAAGCACUGUGACGAGUGUCUCCCAGGACAUUUUGGUGAUCCGUUGGCUCUUCCCCAUGGACAGUGUGAUAAAUGCUCCUGUUAUCCACGAGGAACCGAACAAACCGAUAAGGGAAUUUCUCAGUGUGAUCAAGUCACUGGAAACUGCCACUGCAAACCCAAUGUCAUUGGUCGCGAUUGUAACGAGUGUCAACCAGGAUUCUUUAACAUUGUCUCUGGAAACGGAUGUGAGAGCUGCAGCUGUGACCCGAUCGGAAGUUACAACUCCACAUGUGACAAGUUCACCGGAAAUUGUUACUGCAAGCCCGGUGUUGUUGGACAGCACUGUGACCAAUGUGACCUGUACUACUACGGUUUCUCCAGUGAAGGUUGCAAGUUCUGUGAGUGUGACGAAAGUGGUUCCAAGGGAUUCCAAUGCGACCAGAACGGACAGUGUCCAUGUAAUGACAAUGUUGAAGGACGUCGUUGUGAUCGUUGCAAGGAGAAUAAAUUUGACCGUCAUAAGGGAUGUGUAGAUUGCCCUGCCUGCUAUAACCUUGUUGAAGAUGCUGCCAACGAUCACAGAGCCAAGUUGAGGAACCUCAGCCAGACUCUAGAUGACAUUGCCAGAACUCCAGUCACCAAUGACGAUGAAUUCGAGUCGAAGUUGAAGGCUGUUCAAGAAAAGGUCGAUAUCUUGUUGGCUGACGCUAAGUCUGCAGCUGGAGAAGGAGACAAGACUCUUCUUGAGCGAUUGAAUGAUUUACACGAACGGUUGGAUACAGUGCGAGAUCAUCUCGAAUCAGCUGAUAUUUUGCAGAGCAACGCAAACUCAGAAAUCGAAAAAGCCCAGCAGAACUACACUAUUGCCCACAAUAUCAUCGAAGAUGCCAAGAAUGAGCUCCAGACUGCGUUGAAUUUGCUAACUGACGAGGGAGCAUUAGCAUUAGCAAGAGCCAAGAACAAGUCUGUAGAAUUCGGAGAACAGUCACAGCAGAUAAGUGGAAUCUCACGAGAAGCCCGGGCUUUGGCUGAUGACUUGGAGUCUCAGGCACAGUUUGAUUUACAAAAUGCCAAACACGCCAAUGAUGCUAUUGGCAAAGCACAUGACUUGGCCAAGGCAGCCAUUACAUUACAACAAAAAGUCACAGACGAACUCCGUACCGAAGUUGGACUGGAACUGGCUACAGUCAAGAUGAAUUUAGGUCAAGUUUCGCAAAACACCAAAGAUGCCUUACGCAAGGCAAAUGAGGUCUACGAUGCUGCUUUGACAUUGCUGACAGAUGUCAAUGGUCUAUCAACUCCUGACAUCGAUAUUGCUCAGCUCAAGCGAAAGGCUAUGGAAGCUAAUGAAAAUGCAAAUCAACUGAUAGAACGUGUGAAUGAAGUAUCAAACAGCAAUGGAGAAAUUUUCGCCAAUUUCGAAGACGAACACAAUUUAGCAGUGACACUAUUAGAACGAGCUGAAGUUCAAGCACUCGAAGACAAAGAACUAUCGGAAAGAGCUAAAGAUGCAUUUGGUAAUGCAACUCAUGCUGUUGAACAGGGUGACAAUACCUUGAAGGAAGCUAACAACACCUAUCACACACUUGCUCGUUUCCAAACUGAUGUUCAGAAAUCCUCGGAGAAGGCUGCUUUGGCACUUCGAACUGUACCUGGUAUUCAAACAGAAAUUGCAAAUGCUGAAACUUUGAUCAAGCAAGCUGAUGAAGCACUGACAGGAGCAAACAAAAAUGCAAAUGACGCCAAGACUAAUGCCCAAGAAGCCCAAGAGAAGUAUGCUGAACAAGCUUCAAAGGACGCUGAAAUUAUUCGUAAGAAAGCAAACGAUACUAAAGUUAAUGCUCGCAAACUUCGAGAUGAAGCUGAUCAACUAAAUCAUCGAGUUAAAGUCACUGAAUCAGACAUAAUUAAGCUAGAAGACCUAUCUAGCGAAGAUGAUACUCUUGUUGAUGAUGCAAAACGAAAGGUAGGACAAGCUAAAGCCGAUACUCAAGAAGCUCAGAAGAAAAUCAACAAAGCUCUUAGUGACCUUAAUUCGAUCAAUGAUGAAUUAGCUGAUCUUACAGACAUUAACACUAACGACUUAGAUGAUCUAGAGAGUCGCCUUGAUGCAGUUGAAAGAGAACUCAAUCGUGCAAAUUUAACCAAUCGAAUUGAAAAAUUCCGUGAAAUGAGAAAUCAACAGAACAAAUCAAUUGACAAAUACGAAAAAGAACUUUCACAACUUCAGCAAGAAGUCAUCAAUAUCAAAGCAAUAUCAGGAUCCUUGCCAGACGAAUGCUAUGUCCGAAACAAACUUGAACCAUAAGCAUCGUUAGGAACUUUUUGAAAUAGUCUAUAAUCCGUGGUGUUGUGCCCUUUCGAUGACGGCAUUAAACUGAUUUACAAAACAAAAAAAUUGCCUUAAGCCAAAAAUGCACAACUAUAAUAAAAUUAUUUAUUAGUUAAAAAAAUAAAUGAAGAGAAUCGACGUUGCCUUAAAAUUUAUUUUUCCAUAAAUAUCAAUCACUUUCUAUAAAUAGCUGCCAUAAAUAAUAUAAUUUAAUAAAAUAUAUAGUGACAUGAAUUUGCCAAGAGUAUCAGUUUUUAAUUUGUUCCCAAUAAAUAAUAAAAAAUAAAUAAUAUA